UGCUCACAGUUGCCUCGUUCAAAAAGAAUCCGAGCGAUGCAAGCAAAAUGGCUGUUGGCGUGACAUUUCCUAACUAAACACCGCAAUACGUUUGACGGAAUCGCUUGUCCGCUACAUUGUGUUUCCUUCCACUCGAAGAGGACAUCCUCACCGGCAUCAUGUCCGCGAUGAAGGCUCCAGACGAAGCAUCAUCCCUUCAGCUAUGCAGGAUCAUGCGGCCCGAUGAUGCCAACAUUGUCGGUAACGUGCACGGUGGCAACAUCCUGAAGAUGAUCGAGGAAGCCGGAUGCAUUAUCAGCACGCGACACUGUAACACACAGAAUGAGGACCGCUGCUUGGCAGCUUUGGUUCGGGUUGAGAAGACUGAGUUCUUGUACCCCUUGUUCAUCGGGGAGGUCGCCCACGCUACGGCUGAGAUCACGUAUACCUCACCGCACUCGCUGGAAGUGCAGGUCAAAGUCAUGGGCGAGAACAUCCUCACAGGUGCCAAAAAGCUGGUCAACAGGGCCGUACUGUGGUACGUACCCUGCUCUCUGCAGAAUGUCGACAAGAUCAUGGAGGUGCCGCCCAUCAAGUUUGACGCAGAACAAGAGGAAGAGGGUCUGAAGCGCUACGAGGCUCAGAAGACGGCGAGACUGAAAACCAAAGAAGUGGUUGAUGAAGUUGUGCCACCGCCAACCAAGCCAGAGGAUGCGCCAAAAGAAAAGUACACAGUUGGCUUCAGCCAGUCCAGUCUGAUCCAUCUGGUGGGUCCCUCUGACUGCACACUACACGAUUACGUUCACGGAGGCGUGACCAUGAAGCUGAUGGAUGAGGUUGCGGGCAUUGUGGCAGCACGCCACUGCAACACCAACAUUGUCACUGCCUCUGUGGAUGCCAUCAACUUUCAUCGCAAGAUUAAGAAAGGCUGUGUGGUGACUGUAGCGGGCCGUCUGACAUUCGCCAGCAACAAGUCCAUGGAGAUAGAGGUGGUGGUAGAUGCCUGUUCGCUGGUCGACACGGAGAAAGUUAGCUAUCGUGCAGUCUCUGCCUUCUUCACCUUCAUCUCGCUGGACAAGUACGGCAAAGCUCAGCCCGUCCCUCCUCUUAAGGUUCACGGGGAGGAGGAGCAGAGGCGUUAUGAUGAAGGCCAAGCCCGUUACCUCUUCAAUAAAGCCAAGAGACUUGCAGAGAAGGAAGCCAAACAUUGACACGGCUGCAAGACAACACCAAAGGAUAAAGUCCCUUUUCUCUUCCUCUUCUGUAAUUGUAGCCUCCUCCCGAACCUUGAUCUGUUUAACCCACCAAAGCGUUCACAUAUAUAAAGAACUGCAAAACUAAGUGAGAGAAAUAUUUAAAUUGUCACGAGACUUUCAUUAUAGCUUUUUAAAGGACUUGAUGAACUGUACAGGGUAAUGUGCGAGUGCAAGAUGAAAAAACGUGAAUGAAUAAUAAAAUAAAUAUCUAAGGGUGA